UGAGAACGCUUAGCAAAAUGUUUUGUAAACCAAAUACUACCGAUAGUUUAAUCAGUACAUCUGUAGCUCGUCUUGCUGACUUGAACUCGUAGCAGAUAUCAUUAUAUGUUAUUGAAUAAAAAACCGCCCUUCAAGGCUUUUAUAGUCACUGCCCAAUGCAAUUAGUUUUGUCUUGCUUCGGAAAGAGAUGCUGCGAAAAUGAUCGUAUCCUCUUGAGCAUGUUUAAACCGGAAUGCUGCUGAGGAGACGCUCCAAUUGUUUUUCCAGAGGACAACGACGACAAUUCGCUGUCCAGUCGAUUGGAGCUCGACAUGGACGACAUGGAAUACGAGCGAGAUAACGAAGGCGAUUCGCACGUUCCGCAGCUCGCUAUACCACGCGACGAAUACCAAGACUAUGUUCGACUGCCGGACAAAACGGGAGAGUUCGAAGUCGUAUCGCGGAUGCGAGUUCACGAAAGCCGCAAGGAAAGCAAGAAAUAUGAUGCGGCUGAGUAUGUUAAGUUUCGGUUCUACGCUCGGUCGAACAACUAUCAGCCGGUGGAGCUGCGCUUCGAUGAGAUUCAAUUUUUACCAGAUCAUCAUGGUUUUAAGAUGGAAUUACCGACGAAAAUUCUCAUCCACGGUUGGCUUGGUAGCGUGGAAUCCGAAGUAAUUGAACCGCUAGCAACAGAAUUUCUAGAACAAGGUAAUUUCAACGUGAUUGCUGUCGAUUGGGAACAGGGUGCCAAAACCCUGCUGUAUCCGGUGGCGAGGUACCGAGUUCCUAAGGUUGCUACAUUAGUUGCUGCCGUUAUAAACAAGUUGCUUGAAUUCGGUCAAAGUCCGGAACAGAUUGGAAUGAUUGGACAUAGUUUAGGUGCACAUGUCGCUGGGUUGGCGGGAAAACAGACCAAUCGGAAGGUCGCCUUUAUCAUUGGGCUGGAUCCGGCGUCGCCUUUGUUCCGUUUCAAGAAGCCUAUCGAACGUCUUUCGGCAACUGAUGCUGAGUAUGUGGAAGUUAUCCAUACGAAUGGUAAGGCACUAGGUUUUUUCAAAAACAUUGGAAAGGCAGAUUUUUAUCCGAAUGGAGGCAUCUCGCAACCGGGUUGUGGUUGGAGUCUUACAUGUCACCACGAGCGUUCAGUUCUCUACUUCAAGGAAUCGCUGAGAGUUAAAAACUAUUUCGCUAACCGAUGUGCGGAUGUCGAAAACUUACAUGCCGAAUGCUCGCUGGGCCAAUCGACACUUGGCGGGUUCGAACUUAAACGCCUGAACAAAAAACCAAGUGGGGUGUAUUACGUACUAACGGCAGAUUCAUCGCCAUUUUUGAGAAGUAACGUAUAAGUAGUUUUAGUAGAGAUAGUUAUAUCGAUCUUGCGAGAGUAAAUAGCAUUAAGCCAUUUUGUUAGAUGUGGUUUCAUUCGUUUUAGGCAGUUUAAAGCUUGUAUAUUGUACUGAGUAUAUGUCAUGCCUUUCAAUGAGAAAAAUUGUUGUAGAUAACAGUAAAAAAAAUCUGUGCAAUAGAAUAUGUAUAAUAAAAAUCUGUAUAUAACGUCUCGCAUAAUUUCUUAAAAUUCGGACCGUUUUUAAGGACCGUUUUUAAGGACCGUUUAACAGGUGAAUGUUUGAUAAUUGAAUUGAUUUCUGAUCGUUCGGUACUAAAAAUGUUGUUGAACUGUCAAACAACUGCUGAACAGUUCUGUAAACCAUCUAACGAUUGGUUCGAUUUUUUUUUGUUAAAAUUCUGCAUUUUGGGUUUUUAUAAAACAACACAGAUUUUCAACUUUCGCUUGUGUUUUUCGCUGUUGGAUAUUUUGCACAGAAAGAAGUUUAGAAAACUAGUACCAGUCGUGGCUACGGUUCCAUUACCAUGAUAGAUCCACGGACAAACAAAACGUAAGUGGAUAUAGUGAUAUGACAUUAUUCCUGUUUGAGUGAUUAUGAUUUAAAACAUAUGCACCUGUAUCUCAAUCCAAUCCACAUGCCAUCAAAAAAAUUUUCCGUUUAUUAAAUUAUAAGACACUAACUGAAAAUUCAAAUAACUUCUUGAUAGUUACUUUUCAUGACAAUCAGUGUUUACAGAAGGUCGUACUUUCCAUGUAGAAUAAAAUAAAA